GCUACUGUUGUUUUGAUUUGUUAUCAUGAUAAUCUAAGAUCUGGACCUAAUUCAGCGAUCAAAACCUGAAUCUAGUUCAAUUAUUUUCCAAUUUUAGGUAGUAAGAGUCUCGCGGAAAUUCCGAAGUAAUCAGUAUAUUUCAUUCAAGUGAUCCUCAGUGAAAUGAAGCGGAGACUUGUCGAUCCGAACCACAAACCGGAAGAAGCCAUUCUGGUGGAACGAAAUCCUGCGCCUCUGGGACAUCAACUUUUAAACCCGUAUGCAGUUGGCAAACAUUCUCAAAGUGAUCUUGUGACGUUGGCUCUAGAAAUUGAAAAAGCUGAUUCGUACGUGCGAUCCACAACAACAGGCAAACUUCAAGUCAUUGUAGAUCAAGUCAGGUUUUUAAAAUCUCAGGCGGAAUCAAUCUUAAAAGACGCACAAAACAACGCAAACCUUCAUAGAGCUGCAUGCAAUUUCCAAAAGAAGCCCGGCCAUCUAUACUUCUUGUACAGGAGACCCUCGGGACAAGAAUAUUUUUCCAUGUUAUCUCCAGAGGAAUGGAGCAGCUCAAUGCCACAUGAAUUUCUUGGUGCCUAUUAUUUAGAACAUGACAUGUCCUGGACAGCAGCAGCCGACUUCACUGCCCGUCAUCGUGAUUUAUCAGCUAUUGACCAGAUAAUAUCAGGUUACGAAAGUGGAAGCAAAGUAGACAAUUUAAUGUGUAUUGAUAAUUAAUAAGUGCAUGCCUGUUUCCUCUCACACAAAGCCUGUUUUCCAUCAACCUGUUAUCACCUUGCAAGGAAGAGAGAAUCAAGUUGUAGGCUCAGCUCUGCCAGUUCUUAAUUUGUGAUCCUUACUCCAGAACUAUCAACAAGAUGGAGUCUAGCACUAUGAAUGUAGAAAAAGAAUCAAAACAGUACUCGGUCAGCGAAAAGUUAAGCUUAAGUCUCUUUAAAUUAUUAGACAUGAACUAUGAUGUGACUGAUGAUUCAAUUUUGUCGAAACUUGCUUCAUUUCUGGAGGAAUUUCCCCUUGAGUAUGCACCCAACCUGUAUGAAACCAUUUACAAGGAUUGGUUAAUUGCAUGCGUUAGUCAUUGGAAGAGCGGAACCCUAAAACCUACAGUUGCAGUUUUUUCUAUUCAUGUUCUUAGAACUUUGUGUUCAAACCCAAUGUACUUUGAUCUCUUGAAUGAUGAAAAGCUUAUUUUAGAACAGUAUCAAGAGUUGAUUGAAAAAAAACUGAAAACAAAUCCUCUUUUUCCUAUUGCUUAUUCCAAAUUACUGACCAGCCUCAUAUCUCAUGAAAAAGGCUUAGACUACGUAGUUCAAAACGAGUUGUGGAAAACGGUCUUGUCAAUGUACAUCACAGAUGAAAGUUUGUAUGUGAAGAAAGAAAGCAGAGAGUUUUUGGUUGCUAUUUGUGCCAAA